AUGGCGAGUCUUCACCCCUUUGACCCCAUCACUCCAGGGGAGAUUCAAUUGGCAGUGACAAUCUUGGAAUCCGCUUUCCCCGGUGUCAAAUUGCGCUACAAGCGCAUUGACCUUCAGGAGCCUAUCAAGCAAGAUGUCAUUCCGUAUAUUGAGGCCGAAAGAUUGGGAAAACCCCGUCCGAAGAAGCCUGCACGAUUGUUGAUGGCAUUGUUUCAUCGCCUUGACAAUGGAUCCUUCUAUAAGGCCCUGCUGAACGCCGACACCAAGUCCAUUGUCUCGGCCAAGGAGUUGCCGAAAGAUGUACAGGGCCCCCUCGAUGUGGACGAAAUGCUCGAGAUCGAGCAAGUCUGUCUGAGUCACCCCGCUGUCAAAGCGGAGAUUGAGAAGUUGAAGCUCCCCUCUGGCAUGACCGUUUGUCUGGAUCCGUGGAUUUACGGAACUGAUGACUCCAAGGAGAAUCGGCGCCUGUUCCAGUGCUACAUGUACAUUGUGGCAACAGACCACCCGGGGAAUAAUCAGUACUCUCUUCCUUGCAAGUUUUCGCCGGUCUUUGAUGGCAUCACUCACCAGCUGGUCCGCAUGGACUACCUCCCCGGGGGGCCUGAUUUCCAGACCACCGAUACCCAGCCAUGGAAGCCCGUUCCUACCGUCCAGUACGCACAUGAGUUGCUGGAUGAACCUUUGCGUACUGAUCUGAAACCAUAUGUCGUUCAACAGCCUGAAGGUGCCUCCUUUAAUGUGAUCGGGAAUGCUGUCUCAUGGCAGAAGUGGCGCUUCCGUGUUGGAUUCAACAAUCGUGAGGGACUGGUGUUGCAUAACGUGACCUAUGAUGGUCGCAACACAUUCUAUCGUCUAUCUUUCUCGGAGAUGACGGUUCCAUAUGGAGACCCUCGUGGUCCCUACCACCGCAAGCAAGCAUUCGAUGUUGGCGAUGUUGGUUUUGGAAUCACAGCCAACCAACUUGCCCUGGGCUGUGAUUGUCUAGGCCACAUUAAAUACUUCGAUGGAUACCGCACAGAUGCCCAGGGUGUUCCCAUCCAACUUCAGAAUGUUAUCUGCAUGCACGAGCAGGACAACGGUCUCCAGCACAAACACACCAAUUACCGCAGCGGGGCUGCGACAGUCGUUCGAAACAGACAACUCGUCGUCCAGAUGAUCUGCACGGUCGCAAACUACGAGUACAUCUUCGCUUUUAUUCUCGAUCAAGCCGCCAACAUUGAACUCGAGGUUCGUGCAACUGGUAUCCUGUCAACGGUACCCUUCGAUAAUGAGAAUGGCCAAACGGUACCAUGGGGUACUAAUGUUGGACCUGGCGUGAUGGCUCCGUUCCAUCAGCAUCUGUUCUCUCUACGCGUGGAUCCUGCAGUGGAUGGAUUUAAAAAUACCAUCUAUUACGAGGAUAGUGUCCCCAUGCCAGAGGAUGACUCAAACCCUUGGUCUGUCGGGUACACAACCGAGAAGAAUAUAAUCAAGCAAAGCGGUAGCGCAUGGACAAGCGUGGAUCGUCAUCGGGUGUUUAAGAUCCGCAAUGAUAACAUUAUUAACCCUGUUACACACCACCCCAUUGCUUAUAAGCUGCAGACUUCACCAAGUCAGAUGAUGCUGGCUUCUCCCAAGUCCUUUGGAACCAAACGUGCUCAGUUCGCAACUCGUCCUAUUUGGGUGACCAAGUAUCAAGAUGAUGAGAUAUUCGCCGCAGGCGAGUUCACGAACCAAAGCAAGAGUUCCGAGGGUGUGGAGGUCUGGGCUGGCAGAAAUGAUGCGGUUGAAGAUGAGGAUGUCGUUCUUUGGCACACUUUCGGUCUCACCCACAACCCUCGUCCUGAAGAUUUCCCUGUGAUGCCGGUCGAACGCGUUAGUGUGAUGCUGAAGCCAGAUGGAUUCUUCAACAAGAACCCUGCGCUGGAUGUUCCGCAGUCUGCGCAGUCUUUUAACAAGUCCACCCUGCAUCCAGAGCCAACAUGUUGCUCUGGUUCACAGGAUCGAAACCAGGUGAAGCUUUAG